AUGCCAUUAUAUGAACAAUCACAUGCUUAUGUUCGAAGUCGUUUAUGUUCAAUAUACCUAAAUCGUUUUAAUUGUCAUGGACCUAUUCCAGCUCAUAUUCUUGGUAAUAUGUGGGCUCAACAAUGGAAUGAUCGUUUCGAUGAUUUACUUCCUUAUCCUGAUGCUUCACUUGUUAAUAUCACAGGAGCAUUAAUUGAAAGAGGAUAUACUGUUCAUCGAAUGUUUACAACAGCUGAAUCAUUUUUUUUUACAUCAAUUGGUCUUUAUCUAAUGACACCAAAAUUCUGGGCUCGUAGUUUAUUUGAAAAACCAACCGAUCGUGAUGUUGUUUGUCAUGCAUCUGCACAUCAUAUGCAAUAUCAAGAUGAUUUUCGUGUUAAAAUGUGUACUGAAGUCAAUGAUGAUCAUUUUGAUACAGUUCAUCAUGAAUUAGGACAUAUAGAGUAUUUCAUGGCUUAUGAGAGAGAUCAACCCUAUCUCUAUCAUGAAGGAGCAAAUGCAGGUUUUCAUGAAGCCAUUGAAGAUGCAAUUGGUAUGUUUGCAACAUCAUCGACAUAUUUAAUAACGUUGGGUUUUCUUGAUGGAAAUGUUGUCAAUUCACAUUAUGAAAUUAAUUAUCUUUUACGUUUAGCUUUACAAAAAGUUGCUUUUCUACCGUUCGCUUAUGUUAUGGAUAAAUAUCGAUUUUUAUUUUAUCGUGACAAAAUUGCUCAUGAAAAUUAA